AUGGUUCCGUCUCUCAUGUCUAGCCCAAAGAAUAUCUCAUCUCUUCGAUCUUCCUCUGCCAAGUCCGCGGAAUCCCAAAGAAUCGCGGCCUCUCGAAUUCAUAGCUACCUCCAAGACCCAAAUACCUCUGUUCCAUAUGCAAUGAUGGUCAAAAAUCCUCAAGCUAGUGUUCAUAAACAGCUUAACAGAGUAGCGGCCGUCGGAUAUAGAAUGGGUACUAUGCUGGAGGAAUUCGACAAGGCUUUUGAUGGCAAUACCAGUGGGAGUAACAAUGGAUCUAAUGAUCGGAGCAAUACUGGCUCUUAA